GUAAAGUUGGAGACAUUUCUCCAUGUAGGACACGAUCUUGAUGGGUGGAUGCUCUCAGGUUGCGCAAUCCUGGGCUUGUCUCUCUUGAGCUCUGAAACCCAGACAGUCAGUCCAAAGAAACGAUCAUUAGAGCAGCAGGCGAAAUUCGCCUUUCUUCUGUGAAGAUUGAGCUGAACCAAAUAUUGUUAUGUUUUUCACACUAUGUGCUGAACGCCCACAAUGCCAGGAAAUUAAGAGGUGUGAUCUUUGGAAGAGCUUGAUUGGUUCCAGUGGAACCUUUAGGACUUACUGUGUUAUCGUUUUACGCAAAACGCCCAUAGACACACAUGCAGCAAUAAGAGAAAAUCUUGGGGACCGGUGAAUCACAGACCAAGCUUCGCUAAAAUGCCAGUGCAAGCCCCGCAAUGGACCGAAUUUCUGUUGUGUCCCAUUUGCACGCAAACCUUCGAGGAGAGCCACCGCAAGCCCAUCAGCCUGGGCUGUGGCCACACUGUGUGCAAAAUGUGCCUGAACAAACUGCACCGCAAGGCCUGCCCGUUCGACCAGACCACCAUCAGCACGGACAUCGAGCAGCUGCCGGUCAACACGGCGCUGUUGCAGCUCGUCAGCGGACAGGUACCCAAACCUCCCCCCGUCACUUUACUGACAGCUGCAGAGGACGUGGAGCACUAUGAGGAGUCUCGCACAUGUGUGGAGGACCUGGCCCUCUAUCUCAAACCCCUGAGCAACACCAGAGGUGCAGGGCUGAAUGGUGCUGCUCAGAGCGUUCUCAGCAGACCCAUGCAGAGGAAGCUGGUGACUCUGGUGCACUGCCAGCUCGUGGAGGAGGAGGGCCGCAUCCGGGCCAUGCGGGCGGCCCGCUCUCUGGGUGAACGUACUGUCACUGAGCUCAUCCUCCAGCACCAGAACCCCCAGCAGCUCUCCUCAAACCUGUGGGCCGCCGUCAGAGCCAGAGGCUGCCAGUUUCUCGGCCCUGCUAUGCAGGAAGAAGCAUUGAAGCUGGUCCUGCUCGCCCUGGAAGAUGGUUCGGCCCUCUCACGGAAGGUUCUGGUCCUGUUUGUGGUCCAGAGACUCGAACCACGGUUUCCUCAGGCCUCAAAAACCAGCAUAGGACACGUGGUGCAGCUCCUUUACAGGGCCUCCUGCUUUAAGGUGACCAAGCGUGAUGAGGAUUCCUCCUUGAUGCAGCUGAAGGAGGAGUUUCGAUCGUACGAGGCUCUUCGGAGGGAACACGACUCUCAGAUCGUUCAGAUCGCGAUGGAGGGUGGACUGCGGAUCGCCCCGGACCAGUGGUCAUCUCUUCUGUACGGCGACCAGUCGCACAAAUCCCACAUGCAGUCCAUCAUAGACAAGUUGCAGACACCAGCAUCCUUUGCUCAGAGUGUGCAGGAACUCACCAUCGCCCUUCAGAGAACGGGAGAUCCAGCCAAUCUCAACCGCCUCAGACCCCAUCUGGAGCUGCUGGCUGACAUCGACCCCAGCCCAGAUGCCCCUGCGCCCACAUGGGAGCAGCUAGCCAAAGGGCUGGAAGCAGUGCGGACCGUCGUUCAUGGCCUGGUAGAUUUCAUCCAGAACCACAGCAAGAAAGGAGGGGAUCAGCAGCAGCCACCACAGCACAGCAAAUAUAAGACCUACAUGUGUCGGGACAUGAAACAAAAAGGCGGCUGUCCUCGCGGGGCAAGUUGCACCUUCGCUCACUCUCAGGAAGAGCUUGAAAAAUACCGUAAGAUGAAUAAACGUUUGGGAAUGAGGCGACAGCUCAGCCAGUCCCUGACCCAGCUGAAUGAGAUGGACUUCGGCAUCGGUCUGUUGCCCGACGAGGGGCUGUCGAUGGAGGGACUCCCACGCAAACCCUCCUCCAUCACUAACGCCAUCCUAGCAUCAGGACCUGAAUCCACUUUUGCCCACCUGGUUUCCAGAGGCUCAGACCCAUCAUAUGACCCCACACACAAACCGGAGAAGAUGAAUUCUGGGAGCCUCAGCGCGCCUGGCUCACCUCCAGAGUCAUUGGAAUCCAUCCCAAAGUCAGGGAUGCUCAUAAAUUCCCACUCCAGGGUGGACGGUGAUGGCACAGUCGGACAGAAGCACAUGUCUGCGGUGCCUAGAGUUCCUCACAUGUAUUCACCGCACCACUCUGACCUGUAUUACUCUGAGACACGAGGCCCUCUGCCACCCUCCGCUCAAUAUGAAUCUUCCCAGUACCCUCCAGGUAAUCCUUAUCCUUACCACCAUGUGCACCCACGCUACACCCGUCACCCUGCUCAAGAUCCAGGCAUGCCACCAUAUCCGGAUUCCUAUUCCAGUUCCUACACCUCGGAGCGCCAAUGCGCCAACCCAAGCUCCCAUUACGGCUACCCUUCACACCACGAUGGCCGUCGCCACUCAGCCUACUCCCAUCCCCAAACAUACCCCCCUCGGGAGGAACUGGUCCGUAGGAGUCCGGACGUUCCCCCACAACUACCACCCCAAAAUUCUUCGUACUUGCCAGAACAAGACGGUUAUAGCCACUCCAGUCAGAUCAGGAAUUACCCAAGGAAUGCCUACACGCGAUCCCAGCCUUCCCUAGACUACCUGCACCGUCGAAGACAGGAGAUCAUGGCCCAGCUGGAGGAUAGAAAGCCCCUUAGCUCCUCACACUCGCACGACCCCAACUGCCCUCAGGACAUGAGGGGACAGAGCCAUUACAUGCAAGAGAACUCCCAUGGUUUAGGACACUUCCGGGAAGCAGACUACACCAGCUCCUAUUCACCUUGGUCAUGUGACCCCUUCGGUUCCUACAUUGGCGGCAAGGAUAUAAAAUCCAAAGAGGGCAUGGACACACAGCAAAAUUUAGACAAAAGCAAAAGUCUGAGAGCACACGGCUUGGAGCUUCAACGCAGAGCGGCAGACGUCAAAGACGACGACCCCAUCAUUCCCUUUGGCUCUCUGCCGACCGUGUCUCGUUUUGGAGCCAUCUCGCGCACGUCUAAACCGGGCUACCCGCCAAACAGUCCCAUGCCACCCAUGCCAAACUCAGCCAAACACAUCACUUCUGCUGCUGACUACACCUAUGCGAAUCAAGGUGGGUGGAGUGGCGACUCUUACCAGCCGAACCAAAAGUCUCAUGGGCACUUCAGCGAGCGGUCCGGUUUAUCCCCUGCCGUGCAGGUGCGGGAGCAAUUGAGGAUGGAGCUACAGCAGGUCGACCUGCAAAUCAGCCAGCAGACGCAGAGCCGCGGCCUGGAGAACCCAAGCUCAGUCAUGUCCCAGCCGUCUCGAGCGGACUGGUCCUCAGGGAAUGUGUCCAGUGAACAGCUGAGUCUCGAGCUGCACCAGGUGGAGAGAGAUAUCAUCAUGAGGACACAUGAGAUGGCCAGGGAGAACCACGAUGGCAAGUACAAGCGGGUCUCAGUCGAAAAUGGACAAGAUGAACACACUCUACAGCGAGAUGAGCAUCCACUCACUCUUAGUGAGGGCUCAAACGGCUCCAUCGGCAUGUCCUUGCUGACCAACAAGACGUCAUCUCUCAGUUUGUCCUCUGAACAGGUGGCCAGCAGCCCUGAUCUGCCCAAGAACGGAGUCGCCCACUCCUAGUCUACCUCAGAUUCCCCUUCCUCAACCACCACCCCUCUCUUAUGCCAGGUUAAACCCUCUAGAGCAGGUUGCUCUAUCAUCGCUGUAUGAUACAUGCCAUUCAUUCACUUAAAUCUGAGCGUUUAGCUUCCUCGCUGAGCCUCAAACACCCAUCAGGCAAAUAUGGUUGGAGUUUGGGUGGGAUUCACUGUGCAUGUGCCUCAACAGACUUGCACAAUCAUGCCCUGAUUUAGUUUCUUUAUACAGCGGUAUCUGCUGUCAUGCAUUUUCUCCCUGUUUCUUGUUCACUUUCUUUUCUUCAUUGGCGUGUAAAUCGGUGAAUCUGAAAAACGUAAGAUGAUUUCACUUACGCUGUUUAACUAUCAUUAAUCCACUUUCUUGGGUUUCAGAAUUGCAUUUUUAUCACAUGUGCUAAGUUUUCUGUAGUUAAACUCUUGUUUGUGCUUGGUCUGGCGUUUAGACUUGUGUCAGGGUUUACAGAGUUUAAUAUCUUUUUUUUUUUACUGCAGGCUUGCUGCAUAUUCAACCAAUGGAAACCAUUUUUUUUUUAUCAUGGCGGUCAAAACUAUGUAUCGUGUUUCAUACAUUAGGCUUCAUUUAGGCUUUUACAGUGUGAUUGCUGAGAUGCACAUUAUUGCGUGUUAUAGAAAUUCUCAUAAACCUAAAGUUCACUGAUUUGACCUCAACUGCGCUCAUGCCAACAAACCCGAAAGCCUUUUCCAGUCUUAAUAGGGCACUUGUAUUGUUUUCAGUGUAUUACACUACUCUGCCUGUGGGAUUUCGAUUGAACCGCCUAUAAUCAUCAUCAUCAUCAUCUUAAGUUGUAAUGUCCUCAGGGAUGCAUUAAUCGGCCUCUAUAUUUUGUGGAUGGAAUAGAAAUAACAAUCCAGGUCACGCUGUUUUUUUUUUUCAUAGUAGGUAUUGUUAUAUUUUUCCAUCCUGAGGAUGGAAAGAAAGCUGCUAUGGUAAAGCAUAAAGAUGCAUUCUGUUGUAAGAAUGCGUAUAUACUGCUCUUCACUUUGUCAGUGAAAUUAUGAUCUUCAGAUCAAGCCACGAUUUUUUUUUUUUAUAUAUAUGUGGAGUUUUUCAUCCUGAAAUAUGUGCUGUUUAUUCAAAGCAUAAAGCAUGACUUUGAUCCAGUUGUAGCCACUUCAAGACUCUCCUUCAUUCUCUGUUUUGUCUUUGAAGUUUGAAGAAGGUUGUUUUGAUGGGCCGGUUCAAUCGAAUUCCCCUUCAGGCUGAGCUCAAGUGUGUACAUCACAGUUAUCCUCAAAUUCAUUCCAAUAUUGAUGGGGGAUUAACUAAGCUCCUAUACUUCACUUUACUGUCAAAGGAGACUGUUUGGACUUGAAAAGCUUGGACUCCUUACCUUGUAAAGGAAUAAUUCACCCAAAAAUGAAAAAAAAAAAUGCUGAAAAUGGGUGACUUCAGAAGUAGAGCACCUGAUAAAAACAUCACAAUAAUCCACAAGUAAUCCACAUGACUCUAGUCCAUCAAUUAAUGUCUGGUGAAGUGAAAAGCUGCAUCUUUGUAAUAAAUAAAUCCAUAUUUAAGUUGUUUUUAACUAAAAUGCCAGUCCAGAUAUUGCUUUCUUUAGUGAAAACAAUCAUGACGUUUGAACCAGAAGAGAAAUAUGCACAGAUCAAGCACCUUUUAUAAUUGAAAACCUUGUAAAACAGAUAUGGAUUUUGAUGGGCGAGGACAACAAAGGAUGCACCUUUCCACUGGACGAAGUGUUAUUGUGGAGGGCCAGAAGCAAUGGUUUAAAUUAUUAACUGGAGUUAUGUGGAUUACUUACAAAUUAUUGUGAUGUUCUACUCUCAGUGACUGCACCCAUUCACUGCAGAAGAUAAAUUAGAAAAUUUCUCCAAAUCUGUUCUGAUGAAAAUCAAAUUAAUUUACUUCUUGGAUGGCCUGAAGAUGAGUAAAACCUCACACAAUUUUCAUUUUUAGAUGAACCAUUCCUUUAAGAGAGUUAAACCACUAAUCAGGAAUACUUCAUAUCUCACGUUAUUCGGAAUUGGUUUUGUUUAGCUUUGAGUUUGUAGUUAACAUCAAUCCCAGUGAUCUUUAGAGUCCCACCACUAGCCAGCUCUCCGAUGUUGUUGGGAAUAAAAGUACAACUUUUUUGAAUCCGCAGACGUUUUUCACAUUUUCUGUGCAGAUUUUGGAUGAAAAAAUGAAAGCAUUAUCAAGCUAGCCAAAAUAAACAAGUGAAGACGCAAUAUGUGGAUAAUGUGCUCACAGAUUCUGCACAGACCUCGGCAACUGUUAAAUUUGCCUUAACAUUAAAGUACACAACAUAUUUCUGUCAGCUAUUCAGUGAUCAGUAACGUAUUUGGCUCAUCAAAACGCUUGCACUGUACAUCUCAAAAUUGCAUUUUUCAUGUUGUUGCUUCCUUGGUGGUGAGAUCUCAUCACCUAUCAAAGUCACGCCUCAAUGAUUUAGUUUUAAGUUGGAGGUUAGUUUAUCUGUUUUUUUGUUUUGUUUUCCUGCUAGCAUAUAAUGGUCUCUUGAGACAUCCUACCGCAACCUUAAAAGCACCUAUUUUGGUGGAAUUUCUCUUAAGUUGGAGUUGAUUUCUAUUGUUUUUAUUUUGGUUAUUACAGUCACUUUGGUCUGAGCUCAACAUUUAAGCAAUCGUCAAGAUUGGAUAUUGCAACUUCGUUUAGGUAACCACUGUGAUGCACAGUGUAGACUUUAACAAUAGCACGAAUUUACCCAAAAUUGGUUUGAAAGAAACAGAGAAAGCUUUUUGUUGUUGUUGGUUUAAAGCCACUGAAUGGAUAACGAUUUCAGAAAGGCGAACUCUUGUAGGAAUUUUUUGGAUCUAGAAUAAGUCCUAGGUCCACUUGGGUAACUUCAUCUUUAUUUUUUGUUUUAAUGGAAGACCUCUGUCUUUAUCUCAGGGUUGAUUUUAGUGUAUUUGUGUGUAAACCUCAUGUUACUCGCCCUUUUUUUUUCAGGACUGUAAUUGUCGCUUAACCAGUUUCAAGACUUGAAGACUUCAAGGUGUGCCUUUUUGCAGAUCUGCUGUUAUUCACGCGUUGGGUAUUUAGAUGUAGCCAAUACCAUCUCUAUUUAUAAUAUUCAACUCCUCUCAGUCUUCAAAGUCAACAUUUAUAUUAAAUGAUCUCUUCAAAUCUGCAGGCUUUUAGACCGCCAAACGGAUUACUUGCCUAUCCUUUCUGAGAUAAAGGAAUUUAUUGCCAGGUCAUUUGUUUUUGUAUCCACUUUGUGCGUUUCAUGCAAUUGAAUUUGAGUAUUUAUGCAUGUUUCAUGGUGUGAUGGUGGUCUUUUGAUGUUAGGGUCCUUUGGAAAAGUCUAAAUUGGAACAGGAAAACAAAGGACAGUCUGUGUAUUUUGUCAUAGUUUGAUAUCGCUAUUUAGAGAGGAAAGUAUCUAGGCUUAUUUUAAUAUUUAAUGACUUUGUUGGAGAUCUGAUGAUACAGAUAAACAAAUCAAGGUUUACUGCUCUCAUAAAAGCCAUUAAUACAUUCCUCAACAGUUCCUUUGUACUUAACCGAAAUUGAUUUUCAAUGUUUCCUUGAACGAAACGCAGAUUGUAUAAACCUUUGCAGAAGGGCUCAAUUUAUUUCUGGUUUUGAAAGUAUGUAUUCGAAGUCAGCCAAUUCAAAAACCAACUGUUUUAAACUAUUGUUGCAAAGCAACUUUUCCAUGAUCACCCAUGAGCCAAUGGGAAUCACUGUUGAUUUGAAAAGGGAACCAAAAUGUUUACCCAGGUGAAUCUCAUGAAACUUGUUAAAGAAACGGUCAUAUUUCACCACAAGUAUGCGUAUAAAUACAUCUCAUAGAAUAAGGCCCAUUUUUGGAACCUUUAUGUUUUUGCAUUGUGAAAAUUAUUUUCAAAACAUUAAGCACAGAAUAAUACUUUAUUGUAAUGCAUAAUUUUUGAGAAUGAAAUUGUUUUUUUUUCUGCAUUGUGGUAAUGACAUUUUCGAGGGGAAAUUUGGUUAAAAUGUUUCAAUGCAAAAAAAAAAAUCUUAUUGGUCCUAUUUUAAUGAAAUUAUUAUUUUUUUUUUUUAUGUGAAAUACGACUUUUUCAUGAGGUUCAUCCAUCCAGUUCUGACGACUUAAAAAAAAAAGUAUUUAUGAUCACUGUCUAAUGAACAAUCUCCGUGGUUCCUCACUGGAACUCAUUUUAUUGUGAUUGUUGACUACGUUCAGGAUUGGCGUUGAAUUAUGAAUGUAGUUCUAAUUAGUGUCAAAUGUCAUAAAAUGAGAAGAUAGGAAUGACUGAAAUCUGAAUUUUGACACUUGGUGCCUGAAAUACCCAAGACUGUAGUAUGUUUUCCCACACAGAUAAAUGAUUAACGGUACAUAUUGUUCCCUGGCCUCGAGGGGAAAGUAUAUGCUGUGCACAUACACACAUAGUAGAUUUAUGAGAAGUCAUAAAGUUACUUGAAAACAUAAGGGUUGUGCACAAGUACAGGCUUUAGUGUUUUAGCUUAUAGCUGUAGGAUGUAGUUUGAAAUGAAUGAUUGUGUGUUUGUGUUCCAGUGUGUCCAAAGAGUGCCGUCCAUCUCAUUUCUGUAUGUUUGUUCCCACUGUAACUCAUUGCUUACACUCAUGUAUUGACUUUUUCAUGAGAUGGGGUGUUGCAUUGUGGUCUUUUUAUCAUGAUUUCUAACAUCAGGAUAUAUAUUGGUUUUGAUGAUCUCUCAUGAUAGACUGCUUAAAUUAAGGUACGCUUUAACUUCAACCUGAAUAAGAAAAUAAAUGUUUGUAUAUUAUACUCCAAUAAGGAAUGUUUAGAAAAUUUCUCCAAUGUGGAUGUAGUUGUAAUACCUUUUUUCACUUUGUACAAGAAUUCACUGUGUGAAAUUUUGGAUUGCAUUUUUGUAUAAUACAAUUGCUUUUCUUUGAGAGGGCAGGGGGUAUUACUAACUGGAUUUUUGAAUUAGAUAUUGAAAAACUUGAAAAUAUUAUUUAAUAAGAAAUGUAUUUUAUGUGCAGCAGUGAUUCUGGCAUGGAUUAUGAUUAAAUGAUAUUGUAAACCA